UAUUUUUAGAGGUUGUUUUAACCAAAGUGGCACAUCAGUAUUGAGCUAACAAGGAAAUCCUUGAGCAUGAUCGCAAGCGUCAGAUUGAGCUCAAGCUCGUGAUUUUGGAAGAUAAACUCGCUGAACAAGGUUACACUGAAUCUGAGAUCGCUGAUAAGCUUGUUGAAGGUAGGAAGGCUCUCGAAGAUGCUCAACAAGAGAAAGACGAAGAAGAAGGAGAAGUCAUACCAAUCCCUACUCGCCAGCAAAAGGUUUCGGAUACACAGACCCACCAAGUUGCUGCAAGCAAGGAGAAGCAGAUGGAGACCUUUAGGGCUGCUCUCGGGGUUGGAGCUUCUGAAUCUGGGCUUCCUCCUCUGCCAAAUCGUCGAAAGAAUAUCGAUGAGCGUGAACAUUCCUUUUUGGAUAAGGAUCCACCUGUUUCUGCAGCCAUGGAUGUGGAUGAUUCUAAGGCAAAAGCAGACAAGACAAAAGGUCAAGUAGUUGAAGAUGAAAUUGAUGAGUCACGACACCGGAAAAAGAAAAAGGAGCAAAAGAGGUCCAGGAAUCAUGACUCGGAUACAGAUGAUACUGAUACAGAUAGCAGUUUAGAGCAUUCGAAGAAAGCUACUCGCAAGAAGAAGAGCCGUAAGGGUUAUGAUAGUGGAAGUAGUAACUCUGAUGACUAUGCCAGUGGCAGGAAGCUAAAAAUAUCAGCGAAGAAGCAUGAUAGACGCAGACCAUCUGAUCGGUCGAAGCUUGGUGCUGCUAGUUUGGAUGUUGAUGAUCGACAGUUCAUUGGAAAAGUUCCAGCAGAACCGGCAUGUAUAAGGGAUAAUCCGAAGGAUGCUAAGCUUGAUUCUGAAUCAAAUGCCAAAGCUUAUGUGGAGAAUGGGGAGAAUGAUGAUCAGAAUAGGAUGAAUAUUCUAGGUGGGGGGAAGAUGACCGGAAUAAGGAUGAAUACUCUAGAUGGGGAAAAGAUGAUCAGAAGAGGGAUGAAUAUUCUAGGUGGGAGAAAGAUGAUCUGAAAAGGGAUGAUUAUUCUAGGUCAGUUUGGUCUGGAGGAGAGAUUGACCGUGUAAUGGUAGACAAGAUGGCAGACUUCAAAGUAAGAUAACCAAACCAGAUAGUGGAUCUAUGAGAGAUGAUCAGGAUUAUGAUGACCGGAGAGGUGGACAGAAGCGUGGUAGGGAUGAAGAGGAACCUCGAGGGAGAGAACAAGAAAGAGAUGAGAUUGACCAUAAAUAUAGAAGUCGUGGAAGGGAUGCGGAGGAGCACCAUGGAAGCCGUAGGCACAGAAAAGGGGAGGAAGAUGAUCGAGGGAUCAAAGGUCAUGUGCGGGAUAGACAAUUGGAUCAUUCUGAGAAAAUGGCAUAUAAUGAUACUCGGUCUAGUGGCAGAAGAUCGCGUGGAGAUGGCCGACGUUGAUGGUUGUGGCAGCAUACUGGCUGCAAGUACGAAAUGGAACCACUUCAAAUUGUCUCCAGGCUUUUCGAAGGCGGGUGUCCUUUUUUCUGAAUGUUGUUGAAAUUGAAUGUUCUUUUUGUGCUUGUGUUUUGUUUCCCCAUCUUCCUUUCAUUUCCGUUGGUACUUGCUGCUAUCCCAUUAAGCAAGUAGUGAGACGUAGUUUCUUCUUCCCCUCAGUAUGGUCCAAGAGGAUUAGCUUGAAGCUUUAAAUUGGAAGGUUCUUAGAGGGUCAUUCUUGUACCCCUCUCGAUAUCGUGUUCGGGUAUGUGUUGAACAUAGUUACCUAGAAGAAAAGGGCGGUGUUUGAAGUGCAAAAUAGGCUUGAAGAAAGAAAAUUUGUAGCUAACAGUUAAUGAUAGGGCGGUGUUCUUGUUAUCCUUCUGAUUGAGUGGUUGAAAUGAUAGUGGCUUGCAUAUUUUAUAUUCAUGAAUUGAGUGGCUUGCAAUGUUGUUUGAACCUGGCCGGUUGGAUCCCAAACUGGUUAGGCGGUUCAUUAGAGGGGUUGGAUGGAUUGAUUUGUUAAUCAAUAUGGAUUACUCCUCUCAAUAAUAUUAUCUUUAAUGUUCAAA